GCUCGUCGGCAUGUAUUAGCUCUAGAAUUACCACAGUUAUCCAAGUAACGGGAGGGGAGCGACCAAAGGAACCAUAACUGAUUUAAUGAGCCAUUCGCAGUUUCACUGUACCGCCCGUGUGUACUUAGACAUGCAUGGCUUAAUCUUUGAGACAAGCAUAUGCUACUGGCAGGAUCAACCAGGUAGCCGCGCCACGGGGCACGACCCGACGGGCCCGGCCCGCCGCCGACCGCUCUCGCUCCUUCCCUCUCUCUCUCUCUCGCCUGCUCGCUCGGCUUUCCCGUCUGGCCCUUGCCGGGUCGACGGCGGCGGCCGCCGGGGCGAACGCCUCUCGGCGGGGCGGGCGGCCCUCCGUCGUUCCCUCGCUCGCUCGCUCGCCGACCACGACGGAGAGGCGCGCCCGAUCCCCGGGGCGGCCCCGCCGACCUCCCCCCCGCGGGGAAGGAGCGGGGACCGCUGCGCAGCUGCUUUCGGCGGCACGCUCCGGGCCCCCCCCGCGGGAGCCGGACUCGCGCUCGCGCCGCACGGCCGGCCGGGGCUGACCCGCCCUCCGGGACCGGCGGAGAAGCGGACGGGGAAACGAAGCCCCGCCGCCGGAGACGGAUGUGCUAGAGGAGAACGCGACCUCGAGACGGGCGCGACCCCACGAUCGGAGACCCUUUCCCGGGGCGGCACGCUCCGCAGCGGGCGGGGACGCGGCAGGGAAAACCGACACGGGCUGCGGCGGCCCGAAGGCGGAGGAGAGGCCGGCGGACGCCCCCGGCCCCCACACCCCGACGGAUCCGGAGCGGGACGCGCCGCGCUGCUCCGGGCUCGCCCGCUCGGCCGGGCGCAGCCCCCCGUUGUCUUCUCGUUCCUUCUUCUUCUGCUGCUGCUCGCUUCGCCUCGGUUCCCCGCGGUUUCCCUCGGUUGCCACCCCGCCGGCUUGCUGCUCGCGGCCGGCACUCGCCGGGCCCCGAAACGAGGGCAGCGCCGACGCCUCGCUCACAACGAAAUGGGUACGCCUGCGGCUCGCGGGGCCGCUCGGCCGUCACACAGCUGGAUUCGGUCGGGCGAGCCCUGGGGCACCGACAGGGCGGGCGGACAGACGAGUCGGCACGGCGAGGCCACGCGCCCCGAAGCCGCCGCCGCCGCCGCCCUCGGCCCAAGCGGGCGAGCGCCUCACCUCGCGAACGACGGGAAGCGAACUGGAGAGGAGGCCGCCCGUGCCUGAACACCGGACGCCGCCGCGGCUUCCCUGGGACAGGGAGCGCGGAGCGCCGGCCCGCCGGGGGCCCUCUCCGACGCGACCCGAGUGGCCUCAUCGAUCGGUGGGAGAAAGGGGGUGGGGGGGAGGAGAAAGGAAGGAGGGAGAAGGCGCGAGCCCUUCCCCCAGGCGCGGCGGAAAGACCGCACGCGCACGUGCAGGUGGGUGUGCGUGGGCAACGUCCGACGAGAGGUGCUCGCCCGUGCCUGAACACCGGCCCGCCCCACGCCACCCCGAACGAGCCGGGGAGCGGGAUAGAGCCGGCCCGCCGGGAAGCCUCCCCGACGCGCCCGAGGAGCGCCACGAAUCGGCCGGGGCUCCCGCGUGCGGGUGAGAAUGCGGUGCGAAAGGAGGACGAGGCGACGCCGCCACGACCUACGACCUCCGGGUCCCCCUCUUCCAUCGCGGCGGGACCCGCCGGGGACGCCCCCGGCCAUCCUACGUUCGGGUGCCGGCAGACCGGCCCGUGCCCUUCUCGUCUCUCUCUCCCUCUCUCUCUCGCCUUCGCCCUGGCGGCGCGGGAGCCGGCUUGCCUCUUGCCUCUCUCUCGCCUUCUCCGGCUUUUUUUCGCUGCUCGCCUGCAAAACCGCCUUAGCCCAGGACAGAGCUGCGGGAUGAGGAGCGA